UAAUUUGUUUGUUUGUUUGUUUGGAGAUAGAGUCUCAGAUCAUCCUAGCUUACAGCAACCUCGAACUCCUAGGUUCAAGCAGUCCUCCUGCCUCAGCUCCCAAGUAGCUGGGACUACAGGUUCCUACCACAACACCUGACUAGUUUUUCUGUUUUUAGUAGAGACAGGGUCUUGCUCUUGGUCAGGCUAGUCUUGAACUCCUGAGCUCAAGUAAAUCCACUGCCUCGGCCUCCCAGAGUGUUGAGAUUACAGGUGUGAGCCACAGCACCAAGCUGGAGCUAAUGUUUGAUGCAGAAUUUCUGUGCUGCCGCUUGGUAAAAAAGAUUAGCUUGUAAAUGCAUCACAAAGAGGCAGCCCAGAAUGAAGAAAGCAAGCAGAGGUGCCGGCUCAGCGCCGAAAGCGUCCGGGAUAAGUAAGACACAGGCCACAGAGAAAGUGAGACCUGAAAACAGCUCUUCAGCAUGCACAGGAGGGAGACUGGUAAAACCUGGGACAGCAGCAGCAUUGUCAAAGACCAAGAGCAGUGAUGACCUUUUGGCUGGAAUGGCUGGAGGGGUAACAGUGACUAAUGGUGUCAAAGGAAAGAAAAGCACCUGCCCAUCUGUAGCACCUUCAGCAUCUGCCCCUGUCAUGACCACCCUGGAGAGCAAAGCCAAGAUCAGCACAGGCACAAGUUCUUCCACCAAGCGGAACACUUCUGCAGGUAAUAAAGACUCCAGUUCUACUAGAGAACGAUUACGUGAACGUACCCGACUAAACCAGAGCAAAAAACUGCCUUCCGCAGGUCAGGGAGCUAAUGAUGUGGCACUGGCUAAACGUUCCCGCAGUCGCACUGCUGCAGAGUGUGACGUUCGGAUGAGCAAGUCUAAAUCGGACAAUCAGAUCAGUGAUAAAGCUGCUUUGGAAGCCAAGGUGAAGGAUCUUCUCACACUGGCAAAAACCAAAGACGUGGAAAUCUUACAUCUGAGAAAUGAACUCCGAGACAUGCGUGCGCAGCUGGGCAUUAAUGAGGAUCACGCCGAGGGCGAUGAGAGAUCUGAAAAGGAAACUAUCACUGCUCACCAGCCAACCGAUGUGGAGUCCACUUUAUUGCAGUUGCAGGAACAGAAUACAGCCAUCCGAGAAGAACUCAACCAGUUGAAAAAUGAAAACAGAAUGUUAAAGGACAGGUUGAAUGCAUUGGGCUUUUCCCUAGAGCAGAGGUUAGACAAUUCUGAAAAACUGUUUGGCUAUCAGUCCCUGAGCCCAGAAAUCACCCCUGGUAACCAGAGUGAUGGAGGAGGAACUCUGACUUCUUCAGUGGAAGGCUCUGCCCCUGGCUCAGUGGAGGAUCUCUUGAGUCAGGAUGAGAACACGCUGAUGGACCAUCAGCACAGUAACUCAAUGGACAAUCUGGACAGUGAGUGCAGUGAGGUUUACCAGCCCCUCACAUCCAGUGAUGAUGCGCUGGACGCACCAUCCUCUUCAGAGUCGGAAGGCAUCCCCAGCAUAGAGCGCUCCCGGAAGGGAAGCAGUGGGAACGCAAGCGAGGUGUCUGUUGCUUGCUUGACAGAACGGAUUCACCAAAUGGAAGAGAAUCAGCACAGUACGAGUGAGGAGCUUCAGGCAACCCUGCAAGAGCUAGCUGAUCUACAGCAGAUCACCCAGGAGCUGAACAGUGAGAAUGAAAGACUUGGGGAGGAGAAGGUCAUCCUCAUGGAGUCUCUGUGUCAGCAGAGCGAUAAGCUGGAGCACUUCAGCCGGCAGAUUGAGUACUUCCGCUCCCUUCUAGAUGAGCAUCACAUUUCUUACGUCAUAGAUGAAGAUGUAAAAAGUGGACGCUACAUGGAAUUAGAACAGCGUUACAUGGACCUGGCUGAGAAUGCCCGUUUUGAACGAGAGCAGCUUCUUGGCGUCCAGCAACAUUUAAGCAAUACUUUGAAAAUGGCAGAACAAGAUAAUAAGGAAGCUCAAGAAAUGAUAGGGGCGCUCAAAGAACGCAGUCAUCAUAUGGAGCGGAUUAUUGAGUCGGAGCAGAAGGGGAAAGCAGCCUUAGCAGCCACAUUGGAAGAGUACAAAGCCACAGUGGCCAGUGACCAGAUAGAGAUGAACCGCCUGAAGGCCCAGCUGGAGAAUGAAAAGCAGAAAGUGGCAGAGUUGUAUUCUAUCCACAACUCUGGAGACAAAUCCGACAUUCAGGAUCUCCUGGAGAGUGUCAGGCUGGACAAAGAAAAAGCAGAGACUUUGGCUAGUAGCCUGCAGGAAGAUCUGGCUCACACCCGAAAUGAGGCCAAUCGAUUGCAGGAUACCAUCGCUAAGGUAGAAGAUGAAUACCGAGCUUUCCAAGAAGAAGCUAAGAAACAAAUUGAAGAUUUGAAUAUGACAUUAGAGAAAGUAAGAUCAGAGCUGGAAGAAAAAGAGACAGAAAGGAGCGACAUGAAAGAAACCAUCUUUGAACUUGAAGAUGAAGUAGAACAACAUCGAGCCGUGAAACUUCAUGACAACCUCAUUAUUUCUGAUUUAGAGAAUGCAGUUAAAAAACUCCAGGACCAAAAACACGACAUGGAAAGAGAAAUCAAGACCCUCCACAGGAGACUUCGGGAAGAAUCUGCGGAAUGGCGGCAGUUUCAAGCUGAUCUCCAGACUGCAGUAGUCAUUGCAAACGACAUUAAAUCUGAAGCCCAGGAGGAGAUUGGCGAUCUGAAGCGCCGGCUGCAUGAAGCUCAAGAAAAAAAUGAGAAACUCACAAAAGAAUUGGAGGAAGUAAAGUCACGCAAGCAAGAGGAAGAGCGAGGCCGUGUCUACAAUUAUAUGAAUGCUGUGGAGAGAGAUUUGGCAGCCUUAAGGCAAGGAAUGGGACUGAGCAGAAGGUCCUCGACUUCUUCAGAGCCAACCCCGACUGUGAAGACCCUCAUCAAGUCCUUUGACAGUGCCUCCCAAGUUCCAAAUCCUGCUGCAACUGCAAUUCCUCGAACACCUCUGAGUCCAAGUCCUAUGAAAACUCCUCCUGCAGCAGCUGUAUCCCCUAUGCAGAGACAUUCCAUAAGUGGACCAAUCUCAACAUCUAAACCCCUGACAUCCCUGUCAGAUAAGCGACCUAACUAUGGGGAGAUCCCUGUUCAAGAGCAUCUGUUAAGAACAUCUUCAACCACCCGACCUGCUUCUCUGCCAAGAGUCCCUGCCAUGGAAAGUGCCAAGACCAUCUCAGUAUCUCGACGAAGUAGUGAAGAAAUGAAACGGGACAUUUCUGCACCAGAGGGAGCGUCUCCGGCCUCUCUCAUGGCGAUGGGAACCACAUCUCCUCAGCUCUCCCUAUCCUCCUCUCCCACGGCCUCUGUGACUCCCACCACCCGAAGCCGCAUAAGGGAAGAAAGGAAGGACCCUCUCUCAGCACUGGCAAGAGAAUACGGAGGCUCAAAGAGAAACGCCUUGCUGAAGUGGUGUCAGAAGAAGACAGAAGGCUACCAGAAUAUUGACAUCACAAACUUCAGCAGCAGCUGGAAUGACGGGCUGGCCUUCUGCGCCCUCCUGCAUACCUACCUGCCAGCCCACAUUCCGUAUCAAGAACUGAACAGCCAAGAUAAGAGAAGGAACUUCACUCUGGCUUUCCAGGCGGCUGAAAGUGUUGGCAUCAAAUCCACACUGGACAUUAAUGAGAUGGUGCGGACCGAACGGCCAGAUUGGCAGAAUGUGAUGCUGUACGUGACGGCCAUCUACAAGUACUUCGAAACCUGAGCACAGUGGGAAGAGCUGCCCCAAUAGCGGGGGACCCUCUGCAGUUACCGAGCAACACCAACGCCAUUAGCUACACACCCCCAUAAAGCUUUCAGCGACUCUGGGCUGCCCCGCAGCAUGUGAGCCUCCAGCCUGGGGCCUCUGCACUGGGGAGAACUCAUCCAUGUGGCCUGAGGCUCGGGCCAGGGCUCCUCCCGCGAGACCCUCCACUCCGGCUGCGUGAGCUCAGCAUGAUACACAGGCUGCUGGCUGCUGGAGUUUUCUUUCUCAAGAGAACAUUGAACAUAUCUGCUCUGGGGUGCGGAUAAAGGGCUCAUGCACAUCUGAACUCAGGAGAGGGGGUUAAGUUGUGUGGGAAGCUCACACAAGGUUGCUGAAAGCUCUAGCAUUCUGCACUGCUGGACUGCCAGCCCUGUAGGUCCCAUCACUGAGGGCCCAGGGAAGAAAGGCCGUCCUAGCAGAGUUCUCUGCUUCUGAGCGCUCAGGGCCCUUGACUGGGGCCUGGUUUCAAGGAGCACAGCACCACAGAAGUGGGUCAGCCACCCCUCCCACAUGACAGGGCUGUCCUGGCCAUUGCAAUGAGGUCUUGUCAACUUGCACUAAGAGUAUCGACCUUAUGGUGCAGGCGUCCUGGGCUCAGGCCCAUCACUGCUGAGUCCUCCGUGCUGGACUGCUUUUGGCAGGAAGUGAUUGCAGGGGCCUCUCUGGUGCUUUGUGGCCUGUCCCCCAGCCUAGAAGGGGUUUGCAGCCCCAGCUCUAGCUUUAGGUUUCUGGACAACAGAAUUGGUCAUAAGGAAUUCUCCUAGUUAAAAUUUUUGUUUUGUUAUACACAGUUUGGGAAAAAUAGCUGCUGUUCUGUUAGUACCAAAGUUAAUUGUUUUAAUAGGCAUAGAAAUACAAAGUCUGGAUGUGAGCAUGGAAUGAAGUAGGAAGUCACAGGAGAAAAAUUAAACGACUAGAUACAGAUUAGUGUCACUUCCAAGUUGCUGAGACAUGAUCCUCCUAGGUGAGAGUUUAAGAAAGUGCCUUAAUGCUCCUCUCAGGGGGAGCUGCCUGCCCUCCACGGCCAGGGCGGGAUGUCAUCAGGGGCACUGCCCUCCCCAGGUUCCGGGUCUGUGCUGUUUGAACCAAAGCCUUACAUAAAGAUGGUCUGCUGAGGUGACCCCCAGGCUGGGACUUUCAGCCUUUUUUGGGAACAGGGAGUCUGUGGCUCACGUGUGCCCAACACGGUAGCUGUUGGUUUGAAGGCUGUCAACACCUUUGAUUCCCGGAACCCAGCUGUAAAGCACUAUGUGGAAUGCAGAAGUGGGUCACUGCCCUGGGGGCUGGACGGAGGCGGGGCUCCCAGGAGGCCCACCCAGCACCGCAUGGCUGAGGGGUCUGUGUUAAGUAUGAUGUAUUCCACAAAGAGUUGACACGUCUGCAUGGCUAAGAAGAGAAUGUGGUUAUUAGGAAGCAGGCUGGGCUGUGGGUGUGGCUGCUGACGCGCACACCAGCCCCAGGUAGCUGCCACAGCCCUUCCCUCAUGGUCAUCUGGCAGCUGUCCCUGGCUGGAGGCACUCCGGUGAAAUGCCUGUGUUCAGCUAACGCAGGAGAGGCCGUGCAAGCACAGUCACACUGCAGAGCGCCCGCAGUCCCCACAGACCAGUGUCUACGGUGUCUGGCCUCUGACCGGGUUCUGCUCUUGUCCUCACCACUGACGCCGGCUGUGCUGUUGCCACGAGUGCCUGACUGUGUGAGAGAGUCCUUUCCAGAUGGACUCUGGUUUCCUAAGUUCUCACCCUUGCUCUCAUUUGCCUUCCAGGAGGCCCUGGACCCAUGGUGUCUGGUCAUGUUUUUUAUUUAUUAUGUCGGGGGUGUGUGCGUUUGUCCUGUGAAUGAGACGACUGCCCUGGGUCUGCAGGUCUCAACUUUGUCUCCUGCUGGCCUCGUGAGCCCAGCCCUCACAGCUCAUGCAUGGACGAAGGCCCCUACCGGUGGGCUUGCAUCUGUGUGUAUGGCAUUUCCUUUCCGGGGAUCCUGUGGGUCAGUGACAGCGACCGAGGGCUGUGCAGUCUGGGGCCUCCCCUCAGCACCUUCCCCCAUGGAGAUCUGCGUGCAGACCCACAGAGGAUUCCACAGACAUCACUUUCUGUCUUUCCUAAUAGGAUCCUUCUAACAGUCGGCAUUAGAAAUGAUUAUAGAUGGUUGAAUGUGUUUAAAAGUGCUAUUUGGAGGUGCUCCUGUUCCCGCCGCACCAGAUGUGAAGCGUCCAGGAAGCUCCUCUCCCUUCAAGCACAAGCUUUACUGCAAAAGGGCCAGUUAGUUUCUGCUUCUCUCAAUCGCAGGCUUCUGCUGACUGACGAUACUUUGUAAUUUCGUUCUAGUAAACAUUACUGAAUGUAUUAAAAUGGCUGAAACACAAGAUGCGUGGGCUUUUCCAGCUUGCUCCUCCCUCCUGCCUGCGCUGCCCCAGAGCCUGGCCAGGGCUUAGAGGGCAGCACCCUGAACCGGGCCUCCCGUCACUCCGGGGCGCAGCAGGGCGGAGGAAUCCUCAUGUGGGAGGAACCUGACAUGGGGUGGCCCAGGUGAGCCCUGUGACUGAGACUGUGACAGGUUCUGUGACCCAGAGACAGUGUCAGCCCCUGGCACAGCUGAGACACAUGUCUUCCUGAGGGAAGUUGCCCAGAGGGUUUUGUUUGUCAUUAAAAAUGUUGUAUUUUCUUGGGAGUAAUUUUCAGGGCGUAUAAAAUUAU